AUGGCUAAAUCACAGACCACUGAGCAGAACAGCACCACCACCAGGACAAACAGGCCUUCGAUGCGUAGAUUUAUCGGGGUUAGGCAAAGGCCAUCGGGAAGAUGGGUGGCCGAGAUCAAGGACUCUUCGCAACGCAUCAGGCUAUGGCUCGGUACAUUUGAUACAGCUGAGGAAGCCGCAAGGGCCUAUGAUGAGGCAGCUCGGGCACUGAGAGGCGAAAACGCGCGAACCAACUUCACAGUUUCAUCACCACCCAACCCCAAUUCUAGUGCCAUCCAUGAUAGCUUCUCAGUCAAUAAUGAAUUUUCUUCUUCGUGGCCCGGUUCACUAUGCAGUAGCUUGAGUCUGAAUUCACUCAAGGCAAAGUUGAGCAAGAAUUUGCAAAACCUCAUCGCGAGAACGGCGAGUUCCAAGUCACCAAAGACCAGGGUGAGUGAUCAUGUAACUUUUGCUAGCCUUUUUCAGCUUAAGGGGUUAAACCAAGGUUCAGGCAAUCAUGAGGGGAGUCUCUGGAGGAGUAACAUUGAGAAAGUAGUCGAGCCUAGUUAUGUUGUCCCUCAUCGAGUCGCACCCGAGCCCCUCUCUCUAGACCCCAACUCUAGCUGUUUUAAGGACCCAACAAGCUCAUUUAUGGAUGUUGAGCAUGACCAUAGCCUUGUGCUUGAGCCUGAUCCCAAGCUUGAACUUGAUUCUAUGGGGGUGAGCUUGGGCUCAUCCAGUGGAACCGGGGACUAUGAGAAGUUUGAUAUGCAUGACUUCUUUGGUUACAUGAGUGAAAGCUCAGUUGAUUGUGAUCUCAGUCAGGAGUUUGGGGAGAAGAACUUAGUGAAUAUGGGGGAGAGUGAAGAGGUGAAUAAAAGCUUUUGUGAAUCUCCAAGAGCAGGAAAGAGGUGCAAAGUCUCCUCUUCAGUCAUUAUCCCUCCUUCUUUCAGUGUCAAUAGGUUCCUUUGA